UCAACGGUGUGGAUAAUUCCACAUCACCAACUAUUCAUCCAAUGGUUUAUAACAGUAGAAUUUUCUCGAUAUGUUUGGUCUUGCUUGUAAUUCACGGUCUGUUUCGUGAAAGUAAGGUAAAAGCGCCGGAUAAGAGAAGGGAGAGACGACUCAAGAACCAAGACUUAAGACUCGAGACUCAAUAGUUUCUGAACUGAAUUUUAUACUAAAUGGAUGAGAACUUAAUAAUGCACUCUUAUCUGAGCAUUGCUGAAAUCUUUCUGGCUGUGGAAGUAUUGGGUGUGAUAACUGAGCAAUGGGCUCUUGCAAGUCCCCUCAUGUUGUUCUUCUGCUAUAUGUCUUGGUUUGCUUUGUGUAUCAAUCUUUUGCUUUUGGAGUUGAUACGAACCAGACAGCAAAGCUGCUGGUGGAUGCUUCUGAAGCAUCGGGACGGCCAUUAUCUGAAACACUGUUUGGAAUUUUCUUUGAGGAGAUUAACCAUGCUGGUGCUGGCGGGCUAUGGGCUGAGCUUGUAAGCAACAGAGGUUUUGAAGCUGGGGGCCCAAACGUUCCUUCCAACAUUGAUCCUUGGUCAAUAAUUGGGAAUGAGUCAUCUUUGAUAGUGUCAACAGACCGUUCUUCAUGCUUUGACCGCAAUAAGGUUGCACUCCGAAUGGAGGUGCUAUGUGAUAGCCAAGGUGCCAAUAGCUGCCCUGAUGAUGGUGUAGGAAUUUAUAAUCCUGGGUUCUGGGGCAUGAAUAUUGAAAAGGGGAAGACCUACAGUGUUGUUCUUUAUGUCCGCUCAUCUGGAUCAAUCAAUGUGUCCGUAUCAUUGACGGGCUCAGAUGGGUUGCAGAAACUUGCUGCUGCGAACAUUAUAGCUUCUGGUUCAGAAGUUACAAACUGGACCAAAUUCGAAGUUAUGUUGGAAGCCCAAGGAACAAAUCCUAAUUCAAGACUGCAAUUGACAACAACCAGAAAAGGGUUUAUAUGGUUUGAUCAAGUGUCAGUCAUGCCCCUGGAUACAUAUAAGGGACAUGGAUUUCGGAAGGACCUUGUUCAAAUGUUGGAAGAUUUAAAACCUCAAUUUAUGAGAUUUCCAGGCGGCUGUUUCGUCGAAGGUGAAUGGCUACGAAAUGCAUUUCGUUGGAAAGAAACAAUUGGACCCUGGGAAGAGAGACCUGGACACUUUGCUGAUUGUUGGAUGUACUGGACUGAUGACGGACUUGGUUAUUUUGAGUUUCUCCAAGUAGGUAUCUUUUUUAGUUCUGUCAUUCAAGAAUGCUUGGAGUUUCCUUUAAAAUCCUGCUUCUGUCGGUACCAGUUUUUGAAAAUUUUAUUUAUGCAGCUAGCAGAGGACCUUGGUACAUUGCCAAUAUGGGUAUUUAAUAACGGAAUCAGUCACACUGAUCAAGUUGAUACUUCCAGUGUCUUACCAUUUGUACAGGAAGCUCUUGAUGGUCUUGAGUUUGCUAGAGGCAAUCCUAAUUCCACGUGGGGUUCUCUCCGUGCUGCAAUGGGACACCCAGAACCCUUUGACUUGACAUAUGUUGGUAUUGGGAAUGAGGAUUGCGGAAGAAAGAACUACCUAGGAAAUUACCUUAAGUUCUAUAGUGCUAUAAAACGUGCCUAUCCAGACAUCAAAAUAAUUUCAAACUGUGACGGAUCUUCUCAAAAGUUGGAUCAUCCAGCUGAUUUGUUUGAUUUUCAUUUCUAUGCAGAUGAUCCCAAAAACAUGUUUUCUAUGGCUCAUCACUUUGAUCAUACAUCACGUAGUGGUCCCAAGGCUUUUGUGAGUGAGUAUGCCGUCACAACAGGAAGUCUUCUAGCAGCACUAGGUGAAGCUGGAUUUCUUAUUGGGCUGGAGAAAAACAGUGAUGUUGUUGAGAUGGCAAGUUAUGCACCACUCUUUGCGAAUGACAACGGCAGGAACUCGAAAUUCUCUGCAAUCGUCUUUAACUCCUCACAUCUCUAUGGGACUCCUAGCUACUGGAUGCAAUGUCUUUUUAAGGAAUCAAGUGGAGCAACUAUUUUCAAUGCAACACUCCAAACAAAUUCGUCUACUAAUCAAGUGGAGCAACUUCUUGCAUCUGCAAUUUCUUGGAAAAAUUCAGAAAAUGAGAAUAGUUACCUAAGAAUCAAGAUUGUGAACUUCGGAACAGACAUAGUGAAUCUCAAGAUUGUUGUGGACGGGUUGGAGCCGAAUUCCAUUAAUCUGUCUGAGUCGACCAAGACCGUGCUCACGUCAAACAACCCGAUGGAUGAGAAUUCCUUGAAUGAGCCAAAGAAGGUGAUACCGAACCGGAUUCCACUUGAGAAGGCUGGUGAGGGUGGUGAGGAUGUGGAGGUUGCAAUCUCGCCGAAUUCUUUCACUUCGAUUGAUUUCUUAAUAGAAUCAAGCUAGAGCUGAUUCUGUCUCCGUAUCUUCUAUUUAAAAGUUCGAAAUAGAAUAAGGGCUCAUUUUAAAUUGGUUUUAAAUGUUGCUUUGGGUAAGGAAACACUAGUCUUGCGAAAGGGCACAAAUAACAGACUUUUGGGAUUUUAGUCUUUGGAUUCUGAUUCUUUAUCCUUAUUGUAUUACUAACUAAAGGGUUAUCCUCUAUUUUUGAGUUUUAUUAAGCCUAAACAUAUACAAGCACCUUGCGACGGGCUUGUAACUCAAGGAACUUAGGAGCAUUUACCUCUUCAUCCGA